UUCCCCCUCUGCCGCCCCCUUCAGCCAGCGCCACUUCACAAAUCGGACGGCCGCCAGUCGCGAAGCGCCUCUGAGCCGCUCGGAGAGAAUUUCCCCGCCUCCCACACUUGGUUGGGCUGCUUCUUCUCUUCGCCUUUGCAGGCCGCUGAAGCCCGCCGUCCUGUGAGAACCUCUUUGGGCCAGCCCGAAGCUGGCCUCGGCCGUCGCCAUGGAGCCUUGCCCGACGACGGAUGGUUCCUGCGAGAAGAAAAGGAUUAGCUCGGAACGUAGAAAAGAGAAGUCUAGAGAUGCAGCCAGGUGUCGGAGGAGUAAAGAAUCAGAAGUGUUCUAUGAACUUGCUCACCAGUUGCCUCUUCCCCAUCACGUGAGCGCACAUCUUGAUAAAGCCUCUGUUAUGAGACUUACAAUCAGCUACCUCCGUAUGAGAAAGUUGCUUGAUGCAGAUGACUUAGAGGCAGAAGCUGAAAUGGAGACCCAGUUGAAUUGUUUUUACUUAAAAGCUCUGGAUGGGUUUGUUAUGGUCCUCUCUGAAGAUGGUGACAUGAUCUAUACUUCUGAAAAUGUGAACAAGUGUAUGGGACUCACUCAGUUUGAAUUGACAGGACACAGCGUGUUUGAUUUCACUCAUCCAUGUGAUCAUGAAGAGUUGAGAGAAAUGCUCAUCCAUCGAAAUGGAUCUGUUAAAAAGGGAAAGGAUCAAAAUACAGAACGGAGUUUUUUCCUCAGAAUGAAAUGUACACUGACAAGCAGAGGAAGAACUGUGAAUAUAAAAUCAGCCACAUGGAAGGUACUUCAUUGUACAGGUCAUAUUCGUGUUUUUGAGAAUUGCAACAAUCCGACUGUGUGCGGCUAUAAAAAGCCUCCCAUGACGUGUUUGGUAUUAAUUUGUGAGCCUAUACCUCAUCCAUCAAAUAUUGAAGUCCCAUUGGAUAGUAAAACGUUCCUCAGCCGCCAUAGCCUUGACAUGAAAUUUUCCUAUUGUGAUGAAAGGAUUACAGAACUAAUAGGAUAUGAUCCUGAAGAACUCCUGGGGCGUUCUGUAUAUGAAUAUUAUCAUGCAUUGGACUCUGAUCAUCUGACCAAAACACAUCAUGACAUGUUUGCCAAAGGGCAAGUCACCACCGGACAGUACCGAAUGCUUGCCAAGCAAGGGGGCUAUGUCUGGGUAGAGACUCAAGCAACUGUUAUAUACAAUACUAAGAAUUCUCAACCACAAUGUAUAGUGUGUGUGAACUAUGUCUUGAGUGGAAUUGUUCAGCGGGACUUGGUUUUUUCACUUCAGCAAACAGAGUGUAUGUUGAAACCAGUGGAUUCUCCUGAGAUGGGAAUGAGGACAGAACUCAACAAGAGUGAUUUGGAAGAUAGCAGCAGCCUCUUUGAGAAACUUAAGAAGGAACCUGAUGCAUUAGUCUAUCUUGCUCCUGCUGCUGGAGAUACCAUCAUUGCAUUAGAUUUUGACAACGAUGAGCCAGAUGAACAUCAACCAUCUGAUGACGUUCCUUUGUAUAAUGACGUAAUGCUCCCCUCAUCCAGUGAGAAACUGCAGAAUAUAAAUUUGGCAAUGUCCCCACUAUCUGCUUCUGAAGCAACAAAGCCCCUCUGUAGCAAUGCUGAUCCAGCACUCAAUAGAGAGGUGGUGGCCAAACUGGAACCCAGCACGGAGCCCUUAGAUCUUACUUUCGCCAGCCGCCGGACCCAGGAUCAACCAGCUACUCCUUCUGAUGGAAGCACUAGCCAAAGCUCACCUGAGCCUAAUAGUCCUCCAAAUGAUUAUUGCUUCAGCGUGGAUAAUGAGAUGCCAAGUGAGUUCAAGCUGGAAUUGGUGGAAAAGCUCUUUGCAAUAGACCCAGAAUCAAAAAAUCCCUUUUCAAUGCAGGAAACAGAUUUAGAUUUGGAAAUGUUGGCACCUUAUAUCCCCAUGGACGAUGAUUUCCAGUUGCGCACCUUCGACCAGCUUUCUCCACUGGAGGGCAAUACUGCAAGUUCUUCUUCUAAUGUGACUCCUGUGACAGGGUUUCAGCAAACUCCAAUGCAGUCAUCAGCCACUGACACGAUAAGAUCCACGACAAUCAAACAUGAAACUGCUCCGAAGAUGCUUGUAACGCCUGCCCCUAUUAAUCCAAAAGUACUCACAGAUCCUGCUCCCAUAAUCAGUGCCCCGGCAUCACCUUAUGCUAAGAAUCAAAGUCGGACUUCCUCUCCAGUCAGAACGGGAAAAGGCACAAUAGACCCGACAGACCAAAUAAGUACAGGAGCACCGGACUUGUUGACAGUCACUUUUGAUAACAGAUCAACUGAAGUGAAUGAAGACAUCAAUCCAAGGAUAAUAGCUCUUCAUAAUAUUCAGAGGAAACGAAAAAUGGAGCAGGACGGCUUGCUUUUCCAGGCAGUAGGAAUUGGUACACUAUUGGCACAACCGGGGCCUCCUGGAACAAAUAUAUCCCUUUGGAAACGUGUAAAAGGAUGCAGAUCAAAUGGACAGAAUGAGGUGGCGGAGAAGACUGUAAUUUUAUUACCAUCAGAUAUAGCAAGUAAACUUCUAGGGCAGUCAAUGGAUGAGAAGGGACUUCCACAGCUUACCAGCUAUGAUUGUGAAGUCAAUGCUCCUAUACAAGGCAACCGAAACUUGUUACAAGGUGAAGAGUUGUUCAGAGCCCUGGAUCAGAUCAACUGAGCUUCUCUUCCUGCACCUCCUUCUUCAUAAUUGUUCUGUUUUCUUGGACAUUGGUGAUUUACCACCUAAAAGCAGUGUAUUUAUAUUUUCUAUAUCUGAUUUUAGAAGCCUGGAUACAAAUACUGCACUAAUUCAGUUAGUUUGUAUCUGAUCCCCUUUCUAUUUUGGACAAUUUCAUACUUUCUUUCUUUCUUUCUUUCUUUCUCUCUCUCUCUCCCUCGGUCUCUGUC